AUGGACCAGUUGCUUAAUUGCUUCAUACAGGCUGUCGGGGAUGUCGAAGUGUUUCCUAGCUUCACUGAAGUUUUGGCAGUGAACGAUAAUUGGUACUCUGUGGACAAAUCCAAAUUGGACAACGAGGUGUUUUUGAAUUUUGUGCAGAUGCAUGCGGACGCGGAAACCGAACGGUUCUUGAACGAUUCGAUCGAGCAGAGCGACAGGCUGUUGGCGCAAGUGUGGAAAUCGAUGGUGUCAUCCGUGCUGAACGUGUUCAUGACGAAGACUUCGAUCAACGGGAGAAUUGGAAGCAGACCGAAAAGCAACAACACUGGGCCUGAUGUAAAAAAAUAAAUAAUAAUAUGUGUUUAAUAUUUAACGAAAGUAAAGCAAAAUAAAAGGUAUUACCACUCGGAGAAUACAACCAAUGCCCAAAAGGAUUGACUAUAGGAAAAAUCAGAUUUGAGACUAUUAAAUUGGCUUAUAUCGAAGUUGAACUGUAUAUGGUGUGAACCAGUUUUAGACGUGAAGAA